AAUUACUGUCACCUCCUUGCCACGAUGACAAUAGAGCAGAAGCAGCAGCAGCACGACACGAUCGUAUUUUAAAGGAAGGACAACAGGAGGGAGCAGGAUUGAGUACUUUUGUUCUUUGGCGCAUACGGGUCUCGUGCGGAUCGUGAAGAGUUUGAGGAUCUGCGCGAUGGAGAAGAAGCGAAGUCCGAUGCCGGUCAAGGUGACCCUGAAGACGAAGCACAGUCAGACGGCGACCAGCGACAGCGAUGCGAGUGCAGAAACGAACAGUCUGAGCGCCGACAGCGCAGAAUUAACGCAGCAACCCAACCAUCCGCCGAAACCGCCGGCAAGGAAGAAGGGACGUCGCAGAAGCUCCGAAUGGGAGAUCAUGGAGGGCUUGAAAGAUGGUCAAAAGUACGAGAACAAACCCACUUCGUACAGCGGAUAUUUGCACAAGAAGCGUAAAUGGCCUUUGAAGGGAUGGCAUAAGAGAUACUUCCUGUUGGAUAAAGGGAUUUUGCUGUAUGGUAAAGGACCUGCAGAGCUGACGAAGGGCAAGGUUCACGGUUCAGUGGACAUCGGUCUCUCGGUGAUUUCCAGCAAGGCGACGCGCAGACGACUCGAUAUCGACGCCGAAGAGUUCAUUUACCAUUUGAAAGCUAAAACAGAGGAGGGCUUCAAUGCUUGGCUGGAUCAGCUCACAGUUCACAGGCUGUAUCGUCAGCACGUUUUAAAUUACGGCACAAAAGUAAUUAGUCAUCUCAACACCACAACGGAAGACACUAGAAAGAUGCCCCUGACGCCGGAAAUAAUGAGCAGGGACGGCAGUUUGACGAGGGGUCUGAAAUUGGGAGGUGGCGGAGCAAGAUUGGCAAAUUGGCUGUUGGAUUCCGGUGGGCCGAUCGAGCAAGCUCAAAGAGAAUCUGCUUUAAUCGAGCUGAAUUUAACGCAGCUGACGAGACUGCUCAACGCGAUUGAAUCUCAGGGUUGCAUGGUCAACUCCGCUUACGGUGAGACCGAGUCAUUGGGAGAGGGUCUCUCGCCUAACGUGAAAAAGGGAAAGAAAUUUGGGCUGAAGAAGAAAAAGUCUUCUAAAGGUGGCAGUGUGGACCUAACCAUGACCUUCAAUAGAGUUUCAAUCAUUGAUCCUGACAAUACGUCGCCUCUGUCUAACAAUUCCACUACAGGCCUGUCCAUUUCGCCAGGCGCAACAGGAAACGGAAGCAGCUUAACAGUUCUCGCCCCGCACGCAAUUAUAACUGGUCCCCAAAGUUUACCCACUGAACAUCACAAUAUGGACAGACAUUCGUACUGCGCUCCCGACAAUCAGACGCGCGAGGAUUUCGUGUUUCUCGCCAAGAACGUUUUGGGCAACUUGAAGGCGGUUGCAUUGAGUUUGUCUAUGGAAAGGGACCGUUUGAAAUCGGCUAUCGAAGCGGAAGCCAAUGUUCAAAGCAUGUCGAUGACUGGCGGUAACAACGGCACGGCGCUCGUAGCUUCGCUGAAAACGUCACUCAAUCAGGCGCUUCAGCAGAACGCUGAUCUGAAGACGCGCCUCAACAAAGUGCACGAGCUCUCAGAUAUAAACGAUCUGUCGUCAUUGGAUCCGGUCUCCGAUACGCAUCGGCCGUUCAAUAACUCGUUGAGUUACAGUAGUUCAUGUGUUAGCGGUAGCGAGUUUUUCGAUGCUGAAGAAAUCGGUGACAAAGCUGAAACGCUUCAUCCCGACGAUAUCGAAGCAGAGAUCAGGACGAGAGGAUCGGAUAGCAGCUCGGAGGCUGGCUCUUUGUCCAGCGGCGAAGGCAGUAUCAGCUCCGAAUCGGAGCUCGGCGGAGAUUACAAUCAAAACAGCAGCUCCGUAGUCAACGAAGGAAACGGCGGACAAGGUUUGACGGGAAGAAGAACUAUUUUACCAGCGCCCAGACCUGGAACCGAAGGAUUAUCACUUUGGAAUCUGCUAUGCAAAAACAUAGGAAAGGAUCUGUCUCAGAUCAGCAUGCCGGUCGCUCUGAACGAACCUCUGAACAUGCUGCAGCGAUUGUGCGAGGAGCUGGAGUAUUCGGAAUUGCUGGACAAAGCGGCGGAGCUGGACGAUCCCUACGAGAGGAUGAUUCAAGUUGCUGCGUUCGCUGUUUCUUCGUACGCGAACAGCUACAGCCGUGCCGGCAACAAACCCUUCAAUCCUCUUCUCGGCGAAACCUACGAAUGCAUCCGAGAGGAUAAAGGAUUUAAAUUCUUAGCAGAACAAGUCUCGCAUCAUCCGCCGAUAAGCGCUUGCCACGCUGAGAGCCGCAACUUCACGUUCUGGCAGGAGGCGCGCAUCAAAACGAAAUUCUGGGGCAAAAGUAUGGAAUUCCAACCAGUCGGUAAAGUGCACGUGCUGCUUCCGAGGACCGGUGAUCUCUACUCGUGGAACAAGGUGACAACUUGCGUUCACAAUUUGUUCAGCGGUCAGCGAUGGGUCGAUCAGUACGGAGAAUUGCACAUCUCCAACGGACGCAUCUCCUGCAAAUUGACAUUCGCCAAGGCUAGUUACUGGUCCGCAAAGCGACAGGAGGUCCUUGGAGCUGUUUACGACGAGAACGGAAAGACGGUUUGCAAUUUGUUCGGUAAAUGGUCGGAAGCGUUGUAUUGCGGCGUCGCGCCAUCUGCGAAAUGCAUCUGGAGGGCAGGAACGAUGCCUCCUGAUCACGAGAGGUACUACGGGUUUACACGUUUCGCGAUGGAAUUGAACGAGUUAGGUCCGGAUUCGCAUCUGCUACCUCCGACAGAUACCAGGUUGAGGCCGGAUCAACGCGCUUUGGAGGAAGGCGAUUUGAACGCAGCUGAGCAACUGAAAUUGCAGCUGGAGUCGCAGCAAAGGGAUCGCAGGAAACACAGAGAGGAAUCUAAAAUCAAUCACGAACCAUUGUGGUUCUCGCAUCGCGCCGAAGAUAAAGACGACGUUUGGGAAUACAACGGAAAGUACUGGGAGGCGAGGAAAAACGGGGCUUAUUCAAAUAUGACGUUCGAAGAGCUAUGGUAGAAAUCGCUUCAUUCGCAUUUCAAAAGCAGUGUAUAUAUUAAAGAAAAUAUAUAUAUAUAUAAAUAUUAUAUGGACUGAGCCAUUUACUCUUAGCACACGGGUAAUGAAAUUGAAUUCAAAAAAAUAAUUGUUUGACUAUAUAAAUUAUAGCGCAUUGGAUUUAAACAACAACAAACAAACAAAAAAAAAGAAGAGAAAAUAACGUACAACAUGUUACUUCUUUCGUUUUCGAAAACAAUCCUAAAAAGAGCGUCCAAUUUUUAAAUACUGUUACUUGAUUGAAGAAGGUGUACUUAAAAAGAACAAAUAUAUAUAUGUAUAGUAGGAUUGUUGUCUAAUAUUAUUUUCAAUUUUGUCUCGUCAUCUAAUUGGAAAAAACGUGUACGUCUACUCUUUCUCUCUCUCAUUCGAUCGUUUAAUUUAACAUUUAGGUAGGAGGAUUGUUUACAUGUGAUUUGUCAAUUGGAAACAUGAUAUUUUUCUUCUUUGUUUUGGCCUAAUAACGAUGAUGAUGGAUGAUGAUGAUGAUUUUUUUUUUGAACGGUGUUUUAGGUUUUUUUUUUUCUAUUUUAAGUUUUACGCCUAAAAAAAAACAACUAUUUGAGGUCAAUAUAAGAUAGUGUUGUAAAUAGAAUAGACGAAAUAAAUAGGCGGUAAAUUAUUUAAGAAAAAUCGAUUAAAAUGAUUGUUUUUUUUAUGGACUCUUCUUUUUAUAUAUAUAUAUAUAAAAAUAUAUUCCUAAGCAGUUUUAUGCGGUGUGGCCGCAGCAGCAGCAGCAGCAGGUCUAUUUAGCCAUUCACUAGUAUAAAUUAUAAUAAUCUUUGUUGAAUCUGUGAUUAUUACCAGUUAUUGUUAAUAAUAAAAUCGGGCUGAUUUUAUGUGUU